UUCCGGGGGCGGGGCCAGCGGGCCGGUGCGCGCGGACCAUCAUGGCGGGUGCCGGGACGCUCCCGCUGCUGCUGCUGCUGCUGGCGGCGGCCGGGGCCGCGGGUGAGCCGUGCCCCGAGCCCACCAUCGCCCCCUCCUAUUACACCACCUCGGACGCCGUCAUCGCCUCCGAGAGCGUUUUUGUGGUGGAGAUUUCCCUGGUCUGCAAAAACGGCGCCCAGAACGUGGCUCUGUACGCCGACGUGAACGGGAAGCAGUUCCCGGUGACCCGCGGGCAGGACGUGGGCAGGUACCAGGUGUCCUGGAGCCUGGAGCACCGCCAGGCCCAGUCGGGCACCUACGAGGUGAAAUUCUUUGAUGAGGAAUCCUACAGCGCCCUGCGCAAGGCCCAGCGGAACAACGAGGACGUGUCGCGGAUCCGGCCGCUCUUCACCGUCAACGUCGACCACAGGGGGGCCUGGAACGGGCCCUGGGUGUCCACGGAGGUGGUGGCGGCUGCCAUCGGGCUCGUGGUUUAUUACCUGGCCUUCAGCACCAAGAGCAGCAUCCAGGCCUAAAAAACCCAAAAAAAAAACCCCAAAAAACACCCCCAAAACCCUCCUGUCCUACAGCAAAAAAUCCCAAUCCCAAAACAACCCCAAAAACCAA